AUGUCAGCGACCGGCCACAGCGAACCACACUCGUCCGCCCAGAAGCUAGAGACGGAGAAGGAAAAGGAGAACCGCAGAAAACAAGACGAAAUCGAGGAGGAGCUCUUCUCGAACGGCAUCUGGGCGGUCGUGAUCUGCGUCCUCAGCUACACCUACGGGGACAUGACCGUCGCCAACUCGUUCCCGAAGGACACCCGACAGAACACCUGGCUCCUGAUGCUCUCCCCGAUCCCGACCUUCAUCCUGUCGCUCGCCUACAUCGCCUUCGUCACCUGGAUCGGCCCCAAGUACAUGAGGGACCGGGAACCCAUCAAGGGCCUGAAGACGCUGAUGCUGCUCUAUAACGCGUUCCAGGUCGCCCUCUCCGGCUGGAUCUUCUUGGAGUCUGGAAUGUCCGGCUGGUUCGGGAAAUACAACUUCGUGUGUGAACCUUGUGACUUCAGCAACAAACCAAGAGCAAUUAGGAUGCUGAACGCUGCUUAUUGGUACUAUUUCUCGAAAUUCGUCGACUUUAUCGAUACGAUCUUCUUCGUGGCGCACAAGAAAUACGCCCACAUCUCGCUCCUUCACGUCGUCCACCACGCCACCAUGCCCAUCAGUAUGUGGUACGGCGUCCGCUACCAUCCGGGCGGCCACAACACCUUUGCCGGAUUUUUGAACGCACUUGUACACACGGUCAUGUACACUUAUUACCUCCUGGCUGCCUUGGGCCCCAUCGCCAAGCCCUUCCUGUGGUGGAAGAAAUACGUCACGUCGAUGCAGAUGGUGCAGUUCGUGCUGAUGGUUCUGCACUCUAUGACGGCUAUGAUGGUCGAGUGCCCCGUCCCGAUGCCUCUCAUUCGCUGGGUCGGCAUCAUGGCUGUCGUGUUCCUGGUUCUCUUCACUGAUUUCUACAUCAAGGCUUAUAGGAAACGAGAUGCCCAGAAGAAGCUCAACAGCGCCCAUGACCACUCCAAUGGCAGCCUGAAGCCAAGCCAGAACGGGCUGUGCUUCCCUGCCCUCAACGGGGAAGCGGGCGCUACGACCCUACUGGCGGAGGCGUUACCGCCGAAGGAGCUGCCGAAGGACAUCCCUCGGGACAUGAGCGUGAGAAGUCGCGUCCGAGGCGAAGCUGGGGAAUCUUUUUAAGGGGUUUUCUGACCUGGAGACCCGUUCUUUGUUUUCCCCUUUUUCUUUGGAGGAGAUGGAAAUCCGUUUUCUUUGGUGGAGUUGGAGGGUCGUUUUCUUUGGUGGAGUUGGAGAUCCGUUUUCUUUGGAGGAGCUGGAGAGCCGUUUUCUUUGGGGAAACUGGAGAUCCAUUUUCUUUAGUGGAGCUGGAGAUCCGUUUUCUUUGGUGAAGCUAGAGGGCCGUUUUCUCUGCCUUUUCCGUUUCCUUUGGUAAGGUGAAGAGCUGGUUUCUUCGCCUUUCCUUUACCUUUAGCGAAGCCAGGAAGCUGGGUUUUUUCUUUUCUUUUUUGCCUUUCUCUAUCUUUCUUCUUUCC